GUGACUGACUUGCGCCGGUUCGAGAAUCUGAAUGUGGUGAAAGAAUAGCCUGGUCUGCACCGCUCUCUCUGGAUCGUGCGUGAGGCAGCGGGGGAGAGAUCGAAAAUGCGGAUGUCUCUGCUAAGAGAAAUGGUUGGAUCGAGAGAGCUGAGCGUUGAGUGGAGGGAGAAAGCAAGUGAGAUGGAGGCGGGGGGAAGUUCCAUCUCUGCGGGGACUGGAGCGCCUGUGCCCUGGACCGACAGCGCAGUGCUGGCCAACAUUCAACCCACCCCUUAUUCCACAACGAGAUCGACUCACGCUGAGACAGACAAAAUACCGCACAGAUGAAUGGGGAAAUGGAACCGUCCAUCAAAGAUAUAGUAUGGCCACAGGAUGAUCUGCUUAAACUGUUGGAGGUCAUGAAAGUGAACCUCCCUCAGAAAGACCUGACUAAGUAUAAAACAUCUGAGUCUCAUCUUGAUUGGGAAAAGGUAGCCUUCAACUCCUACACAGCAGAGAUGUGUAAACAGAAAUGGCUGGAGGUCUCCAAGGAGAUUCGUAAGUUUCGUACAUUAACAGAGCUGAUUUUUGACGCCCAAGACUACAUUAAGAAUCCCUACAAAGGCAAGAAGCUUAAGAAGCAUCCAGAUUUUCCGAAAAAGCCCUUGACCCCAUACUUCCGGUUCUUCAUGGAAAAGAGAGCAAAGUAUGCCAAACUGCACCCUGAGAUGAGCAACUUGGACCUCACCAAGAUUCUCUCCAAGAAGUACAGAGAGCUUCCAGACAAGAAGAAGAAAAAAUACGUAGAAGACUUCCUGAGAGACAAGGAAACAUUUGUGCAAAGCAUGCUGAAGUUCAGGGAGCUGCACCCAGAUCUGAUGGAGAGCAUGACGAAGAAAGGUUCCAAUGUGCCAGAGAAGCCCAGGACACCUCAGCAGUUGUGGUAUAACCAUGAGAAGAAGGCACUCCUCAAAACACACCCAGAUGCGACCACCAAAGACAUUAAAGAUAGUCUUGGGAAACAGUGGACGCAGCUGUCUGACAAAAAGAGACUUAAGUGGAUCGGAAAGUCUCUGGAACUGCAGAAACUGUAUGAGGAGACAAUGCGGGAGUACAUUCAACAACACCCAGAGCUGAACAUGACCCAGGAGAACAUUGUGAAGUCGACCCUGACAAAGGCUGAGAGACAUCUGAAAGACAAGUCUGAUGGCAGGCCGGACAAACCACCUCCGAACGGUUACUCCAUGUUCUGUGCAGAGUUGAUGUCUAGUAUGAAGGACGUACCAAGCACAGAACGCAUGGUCAUGUGCAGCCAACAGUGGAAGCUGCUCAAGCAGGCUGAAAAAGAUGGAUACCAGAAACGCUGUGAGCAGAGGAAGAAAGAAUACGAAAUUGAGAUGAACCGAUUUCUUUGUAGUUUGUCAGAGGAGGAACAGCAGCGUGUCUUGGGCGAGCAAAAGAUGCUGGGCUUUAAAAAAGGCAAUGGAGCCAACAGUACUGCCGCCAAAAAGAAGAACUCUAAAGCAAAGGCCAGCCCAGAGAAGCCCAAAAGGCCCAUCUCAGCCAUGUUCAUCUUCUCUGAAGAAAAACGUCCUAAACUGCAGCAGGAGCGACCCGACCUGUCUGAGAGUGAGCUCACCAGGCUGUUGGCACGCAUGUGGAAUGACCUCUCAGAUAAGAAAAAGGAGAAGUUUAAGCGGCUUGAGACUGUUCUGAAAGCCGAGUCCGAGAAGAAAGGAAAACAGGAUCGUAACCAGCUCCCAGACACCCCCAAAACAGCUCAGGACAUCUGGCAACAGAGCGUCAUAGGAGACUACCUGGCCAGAUUCAAGAACGACCGACCGAAGGCCCAAAAGGCCAUGGAAGCAACGUGGAACACCAUGGAGAAGAAGGAGAAGAUUGUCUGGAUCAAGAAGGCAGCAGAGGACCAGAAAAGAUACGAUAGGGAACUGAGUGAGAUGCGCUCACCUGCCACCAUCAUCGCCUCAGGGAAGAAGAUGAAGUUUGAGGGCGAGCCCAAGAAACCACCAUCAAAUGGCUAUCAGAAGUUCUCACAGGAAAUGCUGUCCAAUGGCGAGCUGAACCAUCUCCCCAUGAAGGAGCGGAUGGCUGAGAUUGGUGGCCGCUGGCAGAGGCAGACCCAGAAGGAGAAGGACCGCUACAAGAAGAUUGCUGAGGAGAAGCAGAGGCAGUACAAAGUCCUGCUGGAACAGUGGCUAGCGAGUAUUUCUCCUCAAGAGAGAGCCACUUACAAGGAAUACAACUCGCAAAAAAGAAAGAGCACAGCAAAACCAGGAGGCACUAAUGCCAAAGUUCCAGCCAAGGCAGUAAAAAAAGUGGAAUCGGAGGAUGAAGAUGAUGAUGAUGACGACGACGAGGAGGAGGAGGAAGAGAAGGCCUCUUCCGAGGCUGAUUCCUCCAGUGCAGACGACAGUGAAGAGGAAGACGACGACGAUGAUGAUAACGAGGAGGAGGAGGCGGAAGACAAGGAGAACAAGUCUGAGAGCAGUAGCAGCGAGUCGAGCUCUGCUGAGACGUCGGACUCUGAUUCAGACUAAUAAGGGUCGGUUCUGACCUGAUAGACUGAACAGCGCUGAGCUGAGCCAAGAGUCCAGGGAGCUCUGCCACUGUGCCGACCCUGCUGCCCUCCCGCCACCAGAGAGAGCUCCUGCACCCCCACCUCCAUUUCACACAAGCCCCUCAUUUCCCCUGUAGUGGUUAACUGUUCAUUCAGGGGGAUACCCUGCUCUUUAAGGCCCUCUGUCCAUUAUCUCUUUCACUUUUAACCGGUUCCAUUGCCCAUCUGGUCUUAGGCUACCCUAUGUUGAGGCUCUGGCUUUGUGAUAGGGCAGUUGGGUAUAUUUGGAUAGUUUUAAGUUGCAUGGGUGCAAAUAUUUGAAAUGGUUGUCUGUUUUUUGGUUGGUGAUUUGAAUUUGGCCCCACAACCCACAUUUUUAUGUGUAUCCUGACUGAUCAAGUGUGAGGUUUCUCGACCAUGCAUUGGAGUAGGGGUGUUGUAAAGAGGCUUCACAAAGCCAAAGAACCUAUGUUUUCUGGUGGAUUAGUUUGGGGUGGGAGGUAGCAGGUGACCAAAUAAUUGCACUCUUGAGAAUGUUUUUUUUUUUUUUCUCUCUUUUCAAUUCUUCUUUGGCGCCUCUGCUUUGUUUCUGCUAAAAAUGUUGAUGUGAUUUUUAUUGUUUGGUUCUUACAGAGGUGGUAACUUCAGGAAAAAUUUAAGCCAUUAUGAAUGUCUUUUUGUUGCUGGAAAAUCAGAGAUGUAACAAUUAGCUAACAGUUUGAGUGGGGUUAGGUGCAUUUUUUUAAAUGCCUUUCCGUUGUCAUUGACUGGUGUCAAAGUUCAAAGGUAACUGACGCCUAUUUAUUUAUAUAACAUGACCUACCUUUUUGGAAAGUUCAGAAUUUUGUAGAACAAAUCCAAUACAAUUAUUUUUGACUCAUGUUGAUUCUGAUGUUGCUUUUGAGGUUUAGAUGUUCAUCAAUAGACCUGUAAAACUGAAUGUUUGUUGGUGGACAUGAGCAAUUUCAGUUUUUGCUUUCCACAAAUGGAGUAUAGUUCUUCUUGACUUGCUGGAACGUUUCAGACUUGGUGUUGAUUUCUUCCUUUAACCACUGUUUUACACUUGAUUUAUUGAUGAUUUGCUGAUUUUUAAUUUUCUAUUUGAAACAUUAAGAUGGAUUUAGAAAAUGCUUAUAGUUGUCUGUAUUUUCAGUGAAUCCAUUCAUUUGACAUAGAUUCAAAUUGAAUUGAAUUUAAGCCUGAUGUUUUUAGUCUGAUGUGUAUCCCAAAAGAAGGUGUGCACUUAAUGUAAACCUGCCCCUACCCUCGUCCUCUGCUCAACAGUGUCUGUCAGAAAGAAAGGACCGAGCACUCUGUUACGUGUUUAUGAUUACGUAGUGUGAAUGUUCCUGCGCGAGGACACAUCCGAACACCACACCAAUAACAUGAAUGUAGAUAUUGAUUAAGCCUCCGUUUAAAAGCGAAAGAAUUCAGCUGAUCAGUGCUGUCGGAUUGUUACCAGCAUAUAUACAAAUGACCCACGGGUUAUUUCAUGGGUUUCUAGUGUCUUGGAAUUGACCUCCAAUUAAAUACCAUAUACCAGAAUGCGGUAAAAACGUUAGAUAAGACUGAGUUUGAAAAUUACAAAUUUAAAUAUUGUUAAAUAAAUUAAACCAGCAUAGUGGGCUAUUUAUGGUUUGUCAAGCGAGGGUGAAAAAGCAUGAUGUCAGGACAUGGGAAAAGGGACUUGGGGGGGGGGGGGGGGGGACCUGAGUUGCCAAUGGAAAAAGUGGGGUAAACAUUGUUAUAUGGUAUUUGUAAAUAUUGCUUUUUUGUAUUGAGUGGUUAUUGUUUGAGUAGUACUUUUAUUUGGCAAAGCCUUGUCAUUGGCUUCAUUUGAGGCCAGUGAGCCCAUUGCUUACAUGGGAGACGUUUUUAGUUUAAUUUUGUCGGUUUUAGUUGUUACAUCUCCCCAUGUUUUUUUCUUUGUAGAGAUAUCGAAAAAAAAGAAAAAAAAAGAACAAAAGCUUUACAAAUUUGUACUGCGGAUCAUUUGACACAUUUUGAUGUUUUCUAUAGCUAAGGGUGUUCUUAUGUCCCUGCAAUUUAAAUAUUUGGGCAAAUAAACUUGGUCUUUAACAAAA